AUGCCCGCCGAAGACGCCCAAAUACCGCUUCUCCUGCCGAUGUCUCGCGACCUACGGUCCCCGCUGCCCCCUCCCAGCACCGACGCUCUGGACGUAAAGGCGUUCGAGGCCACCAGCGUCGUCGACGUCCCCUCGCUGGUGCUGCUGGCGGAACCCGCCGCCACCGCCAUCCCCAGCCCCAGUUACAUGGUGGCGUUGCUUGCGGUGUGUGCUCUGAUCCUGGGGUUCAUGUUUGGCUACGAUACCGGUUACAUUUCGGCGGCGUUGGUGCAAGUGAAGGACGACUUGUCCCACCGCUACCUCACCAAUGGCGAUAAAGAAUUCAUCACGCUGGCGACGCUGUUGGGAGCGCUUUUGGGCGCCGUGCUAGGCGGGAUGCUGGCCAAUGCCAUUGGUCGCCGCGGCGUUCUCUUAGUGCUGAACGUGAUCUUUGUCGUUGGUACCAUUAUUCAGUUAGCGGCGAAAACGGUGUGGACGAUGAUUGCUGGCCGGUUUGUCAUGGGGUGGGGUGUGGGCUGUGCCCUGCUUAUCGCCCCGUUGAUGAUCUCGGAGCUAGCCCCCGCCAAGUACCGGGGUCGGCUUAUUGUCGUCAACGGGAUCAUGAUCACUGGUGGUCAAUUAGUGGCCUAUUUCAUCAACUGGGGGCUCGAGUCGGUCAAACACGGGUGGCGCGUGUCGGUGGGGUUGUGUAUGGUCCCCGCGGUGACCCAGUUUGUCCUCUUUUGGUUCCUUCCCGAUACCCCCCGGUUCUACGUCAUGAACCAUAACCUCGACAAAGCCAAGCAAGUGAUGCGCAAAAUCUACAAGAACCCCACCGAGGCGUUCGUCGAAGCCCAAGUCAACGAGAUGGUGGCGCUGAACUCGAAAGUACCGGGGGAUAACCCCUGGCAACAGGCGUGGAACUCGGUGCGCAUCGUCCACACCAACCCGGCCAACUUCCGCGCCCUCAUCCUCGCCUGUGGCUUACAGGGCAUCCAGCAAUUUACUGGGUUCAAUUCGUUGAUGUAUUUCUCCACCACCAUCUUCGAAGCCCUCGGGUUCGAUAACCCCACCGCGACGUCAAUCAUCAUCGCCGCCACCAACUUUGUGUUCACUAUCGUUGCCAUGUGCAUCAUCGACAUUGUUGGUCGGCGCCGGAUCCUCCUCUGGGCGCUUCCCAUCAUGAUGGCGGCGAUGAUUGUCAGUGCCAUUGCCUACCACUAUAUUGGCAUCUCCUUCCACGACGAUGCCGUCGAUAUCGCCGCGGGUAAUAUCCAUGGUUGGGGCAUCGUCAUCAUCAUGAUGAUGGUGAUGUUUGCCGGCUCCUACGCCAUCGGUAUCGGCACUUCGGCUUGGACAGGUGUCGAGUUAUUCUCCGACGUCAAUGUCCGUUCGGUAGGGGGUAUGUACGCCACCUGUACCAACUGGGCGGGGUCGUUGGUGAUUGCGCUGACGUUCUUGACGAUGUUGGUCAACAUUACUCCCACGGGGACCUACGCCUUAUUUGCAGCGUUGUGCGCGGUGUCGUUUUUGUUCAUCUUCUUCUUGUACCCGGAAACCGCCGGGUUGGAGUUGGAAGAAACGUCGUCGUUGUUACAAGACGGCUUCGGGGUUAAAAAAGCCCGCCAGUUGCGCAAACAACGCCGCCGCCAACGCCAAAAUACCCACGAUAAUGCUUAA